AUGAUUGGAGAAGUUUAUUCUUCAAUAAUCGUCUACUUGGAAGCAAUUGGAUUAUUUUCUAAUUUUCUUUUAAUUUGGUUAAUUCUCCGAUAUACAAUGAAUGAAAUGAGAGUUUAUAAUAGAAUACUCUUACAAACUUGUGUUGUUGAUAUUAUUGGGAUUUUUUCAUUUGCUGUUGUUCAGCCGGUUUAUGUUUCUGAUAAUGGUGUUGGAACAGUAUGGGAAUAUGGACCAACACAUUAUUUGCCAACUCCCUGGCAAAGUAUUUGUUUUAUGUUUUUUGUAUUUAUUGCCAGAUUUACGACAAUGAAUGUUUGUUCACAAUUUGUUUUUCGUUAUUUAACAGUUGUUCGCGAAGUAAAAAUUAAUGGGAAACAUCACAUAAUUAUACUUCUUGUCUCCACACUACCUCUUAUGGUUAUUUUUGUUAUAUCAAGUAUAGUAAACCAACCAACACCAGAAAAUGAACAUUUAACAAAUUAUGAAUUGGCUACAUUGUUAGAACUUGAUAAUUAUACAAUAAAUAAUUAUGUUGUCGGUCAACGUAUUCGGGUAUAUACCUAAAUUUAUUACAAUCCUAUAUGGAAGUUUAAUUAUUUUAAUUGAGAUGAUUGUUGAGAAUUCUGAAAUUUAGUUAACUUUAAAUGUGUGGGGAUAUAUUUGAGGCUUAAUUUUAAAUUGAGAGGGGAACUUGACAAAUUCAAAUGGAGAAUGUUUAGAUUUAAGAAUUUC